GGGCAGCGGGGCGGCCUCGGGCUGCGCCCGCCGAGGGAGCGGCCCGCCCGCGUCCCGGUGUCCGCGCUCCGCGUCCCUGCCGGCGAAAGCCAAGACAAAAGUUCCUAGUGUAUAUAAAAGUGAAGACCAAGCCGGACAAAAAGAGGACAGGAUAAAUGGUGAGCUCUUAAUUCUGAUUUCCACCCUAUUGCCUUUGCCAGUGCAUCAGAAAGGCUCAUCCCCUGGUGUCUGACAGAAGGCACGCUGCUGGGUGAGUACCUCUUCAUGAUCUGUCUCCUCCCUUUCUGAAGCAACUGGGGGAUUAAGAGGUUGUGAAUUGCAGUCAUUCUGUUAAAUUGGAUGUAUGGUAGAAAUGCUUAUGCCUUUAUUGUUAACAGAUGCUAUAGCCAUGCUAUAUCAUUUACCAUGUAGGGGUGAACACUAUAGAAGUAUACAGUUUCAGGCAAUUUAUUCUUUUUUCAGGUCCUGACAGAGAGUUCGCUAACCUCAUGUAGCCAAAUGUAUAUGUUUAGCUAAUGCUGACCAGGUUUAUAUUUAGCUGCUCUGAUAAAUCCUGCCUUUUCCUAUAAGUCUUGCCUAGUAUACGCAGGGGCAAUCCUGGGAAAGCAACAUAGACUGCACCUGCAAAACUGUGGUGGUCUGCUAAUAGCUGGAUCUAAAACAAGCGUUUCUGUAGUUGUGGUGAUGAAAGAUUGCACCUCCUCAUGCACCUAACAUAAGUAUUGCAGCAGAGGUCUGCAAUGGAGGUCACGCCUAUUUUAUCCACUGUAAGCUUCUUUAGUGGCUGUUCCAUGGCACUGGUGUGUCGUGGUUUAACCCAGCUGGCAGCUAAGCACCAUGCAGCUGCUUGCUCACCUCCCUCCCCUCCAAACCCGGUGGAAUGGGGAGGAGAAUCAAAAGUAAGAUUUGUAGCUUAAGAACAGUCUAAUAUUUGAAACUAAAUUAUAAUAAUAAUGAUAAUACAAGUGACACACAAUACAAUUACUCACCACCUGCUGACCAAUGGCAGAACCUACCCACAAACCCCAAUCAGCCCCUUCUGGGUAGCUCCCUCAAUUUAUAUACUGGGCAUGAUGUUCUAUGGUGUGGAAUAUCCCUUUGGCCAGUUCAGAUCACCUGUCCUGCCUAUGCUCCUUCACAGCUUUUUGUGCACCUCCUCACUGGCAGAGCAUGAGACACAAGGAAGUCCUUGGUUUAGGAUAAACAUGACUUAGCAACAAUGAAGACGUGAGUGUGUUAUCCACAUUAUUCUCAUACUGAAUCCUAAAGAUGGCACUGCGCCAGCUACUGAGAAGAAAUUAACUCUAUUCCAGCCAAAACAGGACAUGCUGAUGUUUAUUCAGAGCAGGUUGGGUUCUUAUAAUCUGACCUCUCUCUAUUUCAAUUUAUACUAGCCAAAAUUACAAUCAUUCACUAUUUUGGAUAUCCUUUCUGUGUUUUAAAGAUAUUUUUAAUAGGACACCAUCAGCAAAAGUUAAAAGGACUUGCAGUAAAAUUGGCUUCUCAGUCUAGUCCAGCAACUAAGAUUUCUUCCCAUGAAAUUUUAAUUGCUCAUAGACAGUUGGUGCUUUCUGCCUUCUUCAUCUGCCCUAGUGGAAAAACAGGUGUUAUCUAAAAGACCAAAUGAGCCUAAAUAUAAUUUAGAGUAAGUGUGGAAAUUAUUCAAAUAUUCCCAUGAAGAAGCCUUGCAAAGUAGCAGUGUGGAGAUCCCUCUUCAGGAUAUGUGACAUAAAUGUACAGAGAAAUUGAUCUUCAAAGUAGGCAGGUUACAAAUAAUUUAAAAUAAAACUAGUAUUUUAUACUUGUCUUGAAAGCUAAGAGACAGCAAGUGUAGAACUCUUAAGUACAGUCUUGAUAGGCUUCUAACGGAAGCGUGUUUUUGCUACCUAGAUAAAAUUCUGGACUAAAUUCAGAUUGUAAUUGUAUAUAAUAGGGCUUUGUAGCAAACUGGCCUCGGGCUCAAAAAAAGCAUAGCUUAUGAUUGUUAUUUCCACUCCAAAAUAAAUAGCAGCAAUUUCAUGAUGUGGCAUAUAUAAAAAAUCCUGUCUAUUGACUGCUCUCAGUAGAAAAAUACUGAAUGAAUAAAAUUUUAAGAUAUUAAAGGUAAUGAGUCCAAGGAGACAUUUCCUGUUGACUUCAGUCAAUCCUGUCAAUUCUGUAUGUUUCCAGUUUUCCCAUUCAUUGUUUCUUUUCUUGUUAUGUAAAGGAUGUCUUCCAGCUGCACACCUUAACUGAAAAUAGUGACAUAAUUAUCCUGUUACUUUGACUGAAGGAAGACCCUGUCCUCAGCUGAAAACAUACCAGUACAGUGUGUAAGUCCUUAUUGUUUAACUUUCUGUAUGUGAACAAUACAAAGUUUAGAAUAUUACUGGUCAACUGGACAGGCUAUUCAAAGACUAGAAAUUGCUUUAUGCUUAUCUAAGGUGCAGGUCGAUUCCCCUUUAACGUGAAUAUGCAAUUAAUCAGCAAAUUUUUGCUAUGUCACUUAUAGUAUUGAACAAUAUUACACUCUCCACAUGUUCAAUACAGUUGAUACACUGUGUAGCAUGUUGGUAAUCAAAACAGGUGUUACUAAGCCUUAAAGAAGUCUCACCCAGCCUUAUAAUUUGUAUUAAUUAUAUCUCUCCAUUAUUAUACCUUAUAUAACCUUUCUUCAUUCUUAGCUAAUCAUGUUUUGUGUUAACAGUUUUACUAUUUGUCAGGCCUCUGUACCUAUAAUUACCCAGAUGUUCUGAUACAAAUCCUAGGAAAACAAUGUUUGUUUUGUCUAUAAAUAUCACCAUAAUUCAAUGCCUUUAUCUUGGCAAGCUAUACUUAAAAAUUGUCCUUUUUGAUCCAUAUAUGGAGAUUAGUAAUUUCUACUGAAGUUGUUACAUUGGCUGUUGUGUGUAUUAUUAUAUAAUUUAAUUUUCUGUAAUGUUUUUGUCUCUCUUAAAAAAAAAAAAUUAUCACAGAUGAUGUACAUGCCUUGUUAAAAGUCAUUCUCCCAACCACUAUUGAGACUAGCCUAAGUAUUCUUGCAUUUUUUCUUAUUGCUUGUGAAAUGCUAGCUCCCUGUUACUCAGUUUAUGUUUAUAGUAUAUUAGUAUCUUUAGGUUCAACCUAGUCUAAGAAAAUGUACAACCUAUACUAUAAAUUGACUUUGUAAAACAGACCUACAGCUAUUAAACUGUAUGCUUUUUUUAAGCUAACUUGAUUACCAGAAAUACAUGUUUUCACUUACCACAACUAUAGCAAAGGUAGCUAUGGACCUAUGGACCAAAUUUAACUCCCAAUAAUUGAAUAGAUUCUUCUUGUUUAAAUACAUAUUUAAAUGAUGUCUUCUGUGUUUGUGAGAGACAUGUUAUAUUUUGAUGAAAAAUCUGACUUUUGUACCAGAAAAGAACAAAAAAGCAGAAGUUGGAAGAAAAUAUUUCCUGAGUUCCAGUGCUACAUUCUUUUGUAAGAUCCAUUUGAAGGAGUAUAGAGCAAAAGGGCAUUUUUUAGGCAUGCUUCUCCAAUUUUGUCGUGAUGUUUGAAGAGAUUGUGGACUAACAGGAGAGCUAGUGGGGACAGAAGAAUGACUGGAGGGCUUGACCUGCGAGGGAGGGUUACGUCGAUGAUGUGACUGUUGAAGACUGAUGUGCGCGGCGAGGAGUUGGGCUGCCCUCAGACCCGGGGCUGUCAGCGGCAGCUGCAGAGGAGGCCCCUGGCGGUAGCUCGGAGGUGCGAGCCGGGCGGGGCGGGGCGCGGUGUCGCUGCCCUGGCGGGCGGGGCCGCCAUUUGAAAUGCCGUCCCGUGGUGCCCUGCGGCCGCCGCUGAUUGGCCGGGCCGGGCGCCGCGCGGUUCGAAGUGGCGGUCGCGCGCGCGACACGUCCCGCUCCGGCAGCGCCUCGGCUCCCGCUCCCGGCAUGGCUUCCUUCGGCUCCCAGGGCGGCGGCGGCGGCACCAAGAAGGAGGAGAAGGGCAAGAACAUCCAGGUGGUGGUGCGGUGCAGGCCUUUUAAUGCCUCAGAACUUAAAGCAAGCUCCCAUCCUGUUGUAGACUGUGAUCAAGCAAGAAAGGAAGUUAGUGUCCGCACUGGAGGAGUGACAGAUAAGACAUCAAAGAAGACUUACACAUUUGAUAUGGUUUUUGGACCUCAGGCUAAGCAGAUUGAUGUAUACCGGAGUGUUGUGUGUCCCAUUUUGGAUGAAGUUAUUAUGGGCUACAACUGUACAGUGUUUGCUUAUGGCCAAACUGGUACUGGUAAGACCUUCACAAUGGAAGGGGAGCGGUCACCCAAUGAGGAAUAUACUUGGGAAGAGGAUCCACUAGCAGGUAUAAUACCCCGUACAUUGCAUCAAAUAUUUGAAAAACUCACAGAAAAUGGUACUGAAUUUUCAGUGAAAGUCUCUCUUUUGGAGAUCUAUAAUGAGGAGCUUUUUGAUCUUCUGAAUCCUACUCCUGAUGCUGGAGAAAGACUGCAGAUGUUUGAUGACCCUCGAAACAGGCGGGGUGUAAUUAUUAAAGGCUUGGAAGAAGUAACUGUACACAACAAAAAUCAAGUCUACCAAAUCCUGGAAAGGGGUGCGGCAAAGAGAACAACUGCAGCUACUUACAUGAACCAAUAUUCCAGCCGCUCCCACUCGGUGUUUUCAAUUACCAUCCAUAUGAAAGAAACAACAAUAGAUGGAGAAGAACUUGUUAAAAUUGGAAAGCUAAACUUGGUUGAUCUCGCAGGAAGUGAAAACAUCGGUCGAUCAGGGGCAGUUGACAAAAGAGCUCGUGAAGCUGGAAAUAUCAACCAGUCUCUCCUGACACUAGGAAGAGUUAUUACUGCUCUGGUAGAAAGAACCCCGCAUAUUCCAUACAGGGAAUCUAAACUCACAAGAAUCCUUCAAGACUCUCUUGGAGGACGGACAAAAACAUCAAUAAUUGCCACAGUUUCUCCUGCAUCUAUAAAUCUUGAGGAAACAUUGAGUACACUGGAAUAUGCCCAUAGAGCAAAGAACAUAAUGAACAAGCCUGAAGUCAAUCAGAAGCUAACAAGAAAAGCUCUUAUUAAGGAAUACACUGAAGAGAUUGAGCGUCUGAAGAGAGACCUUGUUGCUGCACGAGAGAAAAGUGGAGUCUAUAUUUCUCUUGAAAAUUAUGAAGCCCUUAAUGGAAAGCUGACUGUUCAGGAAGAACAAAUUGCAGAAUAUAUUGACAAAAUUGGUGUUAUGGAGGAAGAAGUGAAAAAAAUCACUGAACUAUUCACAGUUAGUAAAAAUGAACUUCAACGGUGUAAAACAGAUCUGCAAAUCAAGGAGAAAGAGCUAGAAGAAACACAGAAAGAUCUUCAAGAAACCAAGGUUCAUCUGGCUGAAGAAGAAUAUGUGGUUUCAGUUUUGGAAAACAAUGAACAAAAACUUCAUGGCACAGCUAGCAAGUUACUUAGUACAGUUGAAGAAACUACAAAAGAUGUAUCUGGGCUUCAUGCGAAACUGGACCGUAAGAAAGCUGUUGAACAGCACAAUGCUGUUGUCCAAAAUACAUUUGCAGUACAAAUGAAUGCUUUGUUCAACAAAAUACAGGAUUCACUUAGUGAAAACAGUUUGAAGCAGCAACAGAUGUUGACAUCUUACACAAAAUUUAUAGGUGACCUCUUGUCUACCAGUUCUUCAACAGCUGAUAUUCUUGCAUCAGUUAUGUCAGCAGCUUGUGCCUCUGUUAAAGAAUUGGUGUCUACAGAAAUUUCUCACAUGUCUGAAAAAAUAACACAGCAUGAGAAUCUAUCACUGGAUUGUAAAGCUGAGCUGCUGAGAUUAAUUGAGGAACAUGAAACUGGUUUAGGAAGAGCGUUAAAUAGCUUGACACCGGUGGUAGAAUUUGUCUUGGGCUUAAACUGUCAGUUUCAGAGUAAUAUGAAGAAAUACUCUGCUGUGGCUGACCAGAUGGAGGUCCAUAAAUGGGAAAUGGAUACCUUCUUUGGAGAUCUUUCUCUCACUCUGAAAAAAAUACGUGAAGAAGUGGACAGUGGUUUUGCUGAGCUUCAGCAUAAUUGUGAUGAUUUAAAAGAAGAAGUGGAAAUGACGAGAUUGGCACAUGCAAAGAGAACAGCUGAAUUCAUGUCCUCACUGCAAAGCCAGCUUGAUGUGUUUGCUCAGGAGACUCAGAAGAACUUAACUAAUGUACUCACGAAAAAUGGAAGCUUGAAGACCACCAUCACUGCUAUGCAAGAAAAUGUUCACUUGAAAACUACAGACCUAGUUAGCAGUGCAAAUUCCAAUCACAGCAAAUGUACUACAUCUCUGGAUAAUUUCUCUCAAGAGCUCAGGGGCAUAAAUGCUGAAAGUAAGAUGAUGCUGGAAGAAUCCAGUGGCCACUGUCAACAUCUCCUCAGCAAUCUCAAGGAUGUGUCUCAGGACACCAAAACCUGGUGUGAAUUUACAACUGCUCAGGUGGUCAACUUUACUGAUCAGCACCUAUCAUCCUUCAAUGAUAAGAAACAGCAGUUUCACUGUUUACAAAAGAAAAGUGAAGAACACUGUGAUAAAACAACAGCUGAAAUUGCUGACUGUAGUAGUAGACAAGUGGCUGCUGAGGGGAAGGUGCUCAGUGGCUUUCUUGAUCAGAUAAAGGUGGAUAAAGAGAUACUUCUGGAGCAGAAGCUGGCACUUAGCAAUGAAGUACAGCAUGGACUAACUCAGGUUAAUGGCUUCCUGCAAGAGGAUCUGAAAGUGGAUAUUCCAACAGGGACAACUCCACAGAGAAGAGACUACUUCUAUCCAGUCACACUCAUGAGAACAGAGCCACGGGAACUUCUGCUGGAGCAAUUAAGGCAAAAGCAAUCUAAGCUUGAUGCUAUGCUAAGCAGCAUGACAGAGGAGAUGGAGGAUAGUGCAGGUCAGGACCUGUUGGAAGAGGAAGGAGGGUUGCAAGAAUCCAGUGAAAGCCUUGCUAGCGACAAAUGCUUAGUGGAUACAAACGUAUACUGCCACACAAAUGGUGGCAUUCCUUUUUUCCAGCAGAGAAGUCGUCGCAAAAAGGGUAAAGAGAACAAAUCUGCAGCUACAGUGGAGAACAAAAUGGAGGACAUGACAGAAGAGUUUCUUCACGAAUCCAAGCAUCCCUUAAGAUUGCUGAACUAAGAUAUAUCUAUUGCAAAUUCCUGUUUUUAAAAAUUUCUAUCUCAUUGUCUUACUGAGCCAUAAAGUUUUUGGUUAUUCUUGGUCUCUGUUGUGAUGCAAAGUUGAAUCAAAAGAUUGGCCUGCUAGAUGUCAUGCCUUUGUCCCAUUUUUAUAUGCUAUGCUCAUAGCUUGCAAUGUAUUAAGGAAAAAACCCCUACACAUUGUGGUGCUGUUAUGUUAAAUAUAUUUCUGUGUGUUUAAGUAAGAUAUCAUUUUCUGUUUCUCAGUAGAUUUAAAACACCAGAAAGAGAUGUUGAAAUAUGCUUUGUCAGCAUUAUCAGCUACCAUUUUAUAUAUGAAUCAACUGUAAAAAAGUGUUCUGGUUUUGUACCUGCUUUUUAAUCCAGUCGCCCUCUUUGAUACUUCAAAUAAAUUUUGAUGUAUGGAAAACAAACAUAUAAACACCUCAGUGAAACAAA